AUGUCUUCAUUAUCUUCACAUCCAUUAACAACAGAAACAAUAUCAACUCCUUCAACACUAUCACCAUCUACAUCAUUGUCAUCAUCAUUAUCGUCAUCAUCAACCGAUUUUUCCACUCAUUCACAAUCAUCCCAAGGCAAAUUUUCAAACUGCUAUGAAGUACCAUUGCAAAAUGGUCGUGUAAAUAAAGUGUCAUGCAGACGACGUGAACAUAAACGAACAAUUGCUAAAUUACGUCGCAUGUUACCGCAUGGAAAAAAUGUGAUACAAUGCUCAGAGUUGGAGCUUAUCAAUCAUAUCAUGGAUUAUAUUAUCUUUCUUGAGGAGUUAUUGCGAUCACAAGAAAAUAUAACUGAUGAGAAUCAUUCAUCAACAAUCGACGUCGCAAAUCUGAACAGAGCAUUAUCACGAUUUCAUUUACGUAGCACCAAUAAACGACGACCUUUAAGACCUAGAAAACAAAUAUGUGCUUAA